GAGAGUGGGUUUAACGGCCCACGCCUCGGUUUGCCUGUGAAGUUCCGGUCGGCGGUAUUAGGUGUCGUUCGUAAACUCCUCUAGUUGGGAAGUAAUGUUCUGUGAAAAAGCUGUAGAGCUGAUCCGGGAGCUGCAGCGAGCUGCGGAUGGACAACUCCCCGCUUUCAACGAGGAUGGCAUCAGAGAAGUCCUUGAAGAGAUGAAGGCAUUGUAUGAACAGAACCAAAGUGAUGUAAACGAGGCUAAAUCUGAAGAAAGAACAGACUUAAUCCCAACCAUCAAGUUUCGUCACUGCUGCUUGCUGAGGAAUAAGCGCUGUAUUUUAGCAUACCUAUAUGAUCGUUUGUUGCGGAUUCGAUCUUUGAGGUGGGAAUAUGGAAGUGUUCUGCCAUCAGAAGUCCGGUUCCAUUUUGCUCCUGAAGAGACAGAGUGGUUCAACCAGUACAAAAAGUCACUUGCCACUUACAUGAGAGCCAUUGGUGGAGAUGAAGGGCUGGACAUAACUCAAGAUAUGAAACCUCCAAAAAGUCUGUUUAUUGAGGUGCGGUGUCUGAAAGAUUACGGUGAGUUUGAGAUCGAUGAUGGUACAACGAUCCUCCUGAAGAAAAACAGCCAGCAUUUUAUGCCCAGGUGGAAGUGUGAACAGUUAAUUCGUCAUGGAAUUUUGGAACAUGUGUUAUCCUGAGAACAGCAGCUGAAAGACUGUAGCGUUCUUGCUUUGGCAUGUAAUGCCUGCAUCUUAUUAAAAUAUUCAACUGUGAGCAAAACCCUUUGUAGCUUGACAGAUAAUAAAUUCCUUUGGCUAUUAGACAGAAAUUGCAGUGUUUUUAACUGAUUCUAAGGGGGUUGUAUUUAGGCAGAAGCCUGAAAAAAAAAGGCAAAGACCUUUCUUCCCCCUCACAAAGAACAUCCUUGCAAGAAGAGUGUGUGAGAGAGGGAGCAUGAGAAUUCAUCAGUUGUCUGACUAAUUAUGGAGGGUGUGGGUUGGGACCGCAAACAUCAGAACUGUGUAAUUUCAGUGUAUACCUGUGCCCUGGGAGCAUAUGCUUGUUAAUGUUCAGCUGUAGCUGGAUGUGCAGUGUAAAGUGAGAUUGUGGUCCAGUCUCUCACCUGGAAGAGCCUGUAUCCAUACACAAGGUUAAGAGAUGAUAUUCUAGCUUUAAGUAAACAGUACAUUUUAAUCCAAAUCAUUUUAAAUAGUGCACAUUGACAUGCUUGAAUUUUUGUUUCUAUAAAAUAUAUGAAAGUCAGUCAAAUAAAACAUUUCUGUACAACCGGGUCAGCAUUUACAAAUUAUUUUCAAAUAACUGAACAUUUGUACAUUUUGCAUAACUGUAUACUUUACAGUGAUAGAAGCAAUUAACUUCUGCCACAUUAGUUUCCAUAUUAAAAUAGCAGCAGAAUAGGAAUCAUGUACAGCUUGCAUACAAGCUUUAGGGGAUUCUGCUCUGGGGACAACAUAAGAGGUUUACAAAUGUGUAUUAAGGACUGUUACUUUCAAAUGUUGGUAUGAGAAAAUGCUGAGUCAGGUCAAUUCUGCUGCCUGUACAAGGGAUAAGGCUGACAAUUUCUCCCCAAGCAUCUUGGCAUUUUCUAGCCCUUUAGAACAAAAUGGGCCGUACAGGUUUUCAAUCUGAACAAAAACAAAAGAAUGCUGGAAGAACUAUGAGCCAGGAGGGAGGAGGUACAGCUGAAGUAGCUGUGGAAGUUGGUAGGUUUAUAGAUGACAAUAGAAAGUCUGUCUUCUGAGAGGGAGAUCCAAGAAAAGGAGAGGCAUUAGGGAUAGUCCAGGUGAAUUUGAGGACAGGGUGGAAUUUAGUGGCAAAGGUGAUGAAAGAGACAAGUUCCACAUGAGUGCAGGAAGUAACACCAGAACUGUCAAUGUAGUGGAGAAAGAGUUGGGGAGAGGUGCCAGAAUUAGCUUGGAACAAGAAUGGUCAAAAGUAGUCAAUGAAAAGAUGAGCAUAGCUGGGCCCCAUGCAAAUAGCCACAUCUUUGAUUGGAGAAAAUGAGAGGAAGCAGAAAUAAGCGGGCAGAUUAUUAUCUAGGAGGAGAGAAAAUCCAAAGCACGGAAGUACAAAGGGACUUGGGGGUACUCAUGCAGGAUACCUUAAAGGUUAACCACCAGGUCGGAUCAGUGGUACAGAAAGCGAAUGCUAUGUUGGCAUUCAUUUCGAGAGGUAUAGUGUAUAAAAGUAAGGAAGUGUUGACGAGGCUCUACGGGGCACUAGCGAGGCCUCAUUUGGAGUAUUGUGCGCCGUUUUGGGCCCCACAUCUUAGGAAGGAUGUGUUGACGUUGGAGAGGGUUCAGAGGAGAUUUACGAGGAUGAUUCCAGGAAUGAAAGGGCUUACGUAUGAGGAGCGUUUGUCGGCUCUUGGACUGUACUCGCUGGAGUACAGAAGAAUGAGAGGGGACCUCAUAGCAACAUUUAAAAUAUUGAUAGGAAAGGACAGAGUAAAUGUGGCUAGGCUGUUUCCCUUGGUGGGUGAGUCCAGGACCAGAGGGCACAAUCUUAGAAUUAGAGGGUACAGUUUCAAAACAGAGAUGAGGAAAAAUUUCUUUAGCCAGAGGGUGGUGAAUUUGUGGAACUCCUUGCCACGUACAGCAGUGGAGGCCAGAUCAGUGGGGGCGUUCAAGGAGGAGAUAGAUAGAUAUCUAAAUAGUCAGAAUAUCAAGGGAUAUGGGGAUAAGGCCGGUAAUUGGGAUUAGAAUAGUUUUUUUCUUCUUCUUUCCCCAUUUCUAUUUCCCUUUCCUUAGAGCAGACUCGAUGGGCCGAAUGGCCUGCUUCUGCUCCCUUGUCUUGUGAUCUUGUGAAUCAAAAGUAGUUGUUGAGGGCAAGGACAAGUUCUGCCAGGCAGAUGGAAAUGUUGGUGGAGGGGAACUAGUUGGGUCACAACUGCAGCCACCGAUUGUUGGGCAGUCACGAUCAUUUAUCACUACCAGCAGGGAUGUUCUCUUUGUGUCUGUCAGCAGAAACCAAGCUUUUCUUUUCCCUCUCCUAUUCUAUGUAUUAAUCUUUUUUUUUUGGUUUCUCUUUGAUACGAGUCUGCAAGAGCCAUUUCUCACACCCAUGAGCAUUGCAAGUUCUCUGAGAGUAACACCAACUUUUCAGUUGGGUUACUUUGAUUCUAAUCUAUCAGGAACAAUUACAGCAGGUUGAAGCUUUGUAAAGUGCUGAAGGCAUAAUUUUUGAAAA